CUUUAGUCUUUUAUUUGCCUUUUUUUUUUUAUAGAACACGACAAUAUUUACAAUGAUAUAUAUCAUAUUUCAUUUAUAGUUUGAUGUGUAAUAUAUAUGAUAUUUUAUUAAGAAAAUAUACUUAGCAACGUAUCAUAUGCAUAUGACAGGGAAGACGGCAACGGCAUCGGAAACGGGCUUGGCAACGGCCAUGGCAUAGGGAACGGACUUGGCAACAGCAUCGGCAACGGCCAUGUCAACGGCAAAGUUAACGGAGCGAAUGUGAAAACGAUGAAACCAAUGGAAAGUGAGGUGCUGAGGGAGCAAGGUCACAUAAUGAUUGAUUUUAUUGCUGAUUAUUACAAAAACCUUGACGACUUCCCUCAGGAUUUCCCUGUUCUUUCCCAAGUUCAGCCUGGUUAUCUCCGUGACAUGUUGCCUGAUUCAGCACCCGACCACCCUGAAUCUUUGAAAGAACUUCUCGACGACGUUUCAAAGAAGAUCAUUCCGGGGAUAACUCAUUGGCAAAGCCCGAGUUACUUUGCCUACUAUGCGUCGAGCACGAGUGUGGCCGGAUUCUUGGGAGAGAUGCUCAACGCCGGCCUGAGCGUCGUCGGUUUCACCUGGGUCACUUCUCCGGCCGCCACUGAACUCGAAGUUAUCGUUCUUGAUUGGCUUGCCAAGUUGCUCCAACUCCCCAACCAUUUUCUCUCCACAGGGAACGGAGGAGGAGUGAUCCAAGGGACAGGAUGUGAAGCAGUGCUUGUGGUAGUAUUAGCUGCUAGAGACAGAAUUUUGAAGAAAGUCGGCAAAAUAUCACUCCAUCGACUUGUUGUCUAUGCAUCCGACCAAACCCAUUCCAGUUUCCGAAAAGCUUGUCUGAUUGUUGGAAUACAUGAAGAAAACAUUAGGCUGCUGAAAACAGAUUCUUCCACGAACUAUGGAAUGCCUCCAGAAUCACUUGAACAUGCUAUUUCUAGUGAUCUCGCUAAGGGUUUUAUACCUUUCUUCAUUUGUACUACUGUUGGCACAACUUCUUCAGCUGCAGUUGAUCCUUUGGUCCCUUUGGGGAAAAUUGCAAAGAGCUACGGGAUAUGGAUGCACGUGGAUGCAGCUUAUGCAGGGAACGCAUGUAUAUGCCCAGAAUAUCGCAAAUAUAUUGACGGAAUUGAAAAUGCAGACUCCUUUAACAUCAAUGCUCAUAAAUGGUUAUUCGCUAAUCAAACUUGUUCACCCCUUUGGGUUAAGGACCGGUUCUCUCUCAUUGAUGCCCUCAAGACAAAUCCUGAAUAUUUGGAAUACAAGGUUUCUAAGCGAGAUGAGGUCAUAAACUAUAAAGAUUGGCAAAUAUCUCUCUCUCGGAGAUUCAGAUCAUUAAAGUUGUGGAUGGUGUUACGGCUCUAUGGUACCGAGAACUUGAGAAACUUUAUUAGAGACCAUGUCAAUCUCGCUAAGCAUUUCGAAGAUUAUGUAGCUCAAGAUCCACAUUUCGAGGUUGCAACUACUCGGUACUUUUCACUCGUUUGCUUUCGCCUUGCUCCUGUUGACGGCGAUGAAGACAAGUGUAACGAACGGAACCGUGAACUGCUUGCCGCCGUUAACUCCACCGGCAAGAUCUUCAUUUCUCACACGGCUCUCUCGGGAAGAUUCAUUUUACGAUUUGCCGUCGGUGCACCGUUAACGGAGGAGAAGCACGUGACUGAAGCAUGGCAUAUUAUACAGAAGCAUGCAUCCAAAUUGAUCCGCAACGGCAAUUAUUGAGAAUAUUAUAAAAAUAACCCAUCUAUCUUUUGAUUUCGCUCAAUAAAGUCCCACUCUGUCUUCAACAUUUUCCUACGAAUAGCCAUUUUUAUAAAAAUAAAAAUAAAAAUAAAUAAAAAACAUUUCCUACGAAUGAGCUAUGAUUGCUUUUGUUUAUGAUAUUAUUUGUCUAUGUAACAGAUUAUGCGAAAAUAAAGCUUUCGUAUUGUAUAACUUGCCAAAGAUUUAUAUAGGAAAAACCGGGUUAUCUUUGCUACAA